ACACUAGAUGCUGCUUUUUACUCAACAUAAGGUUACUGUUUUUACUUUGAAUUGGAAGGUCAAAUAUUUUUAGUUGGACUAAUCAAUUUAAAUUAUUAAUUAUCAUGGCUUUGGUUAGAGUUAUUAACAAUUCAGCUCGUGGUAAGUUUUAUCAAACUGGUCUCUAUCAGUUAAAUAACUCUCGACGAAACUACUCUGAAGAUCCAGCUCCUAACCCUAUAAGGAAAUGGAAAAGAUGGCAAGAUGUUCCUGAUAAUCUGGUCAAAACCUACUCUGAAAGAGAUCCAUAUAAUAUGGUUUAUCAAGAUAAAGAAUGGAUUAUGGCUAAAAAGAAGCAAUUGUGGUGGACUCAAGAUAUGAAUAUGAAUCCUGACUUCCCGUAUGGUAAAACCGAUCUCUACAAAGUGUAUGUUGCAUAUAUCGUCGUCGGCGCCUUGGGCAUGUGGAGUUGGUACGUCUCAAUGGAGGAAGAUUUCACUCUAUAUCGUAGUAAAGUUAAAGAAAUGCGAGCCAAUCCACCCGACUGGCGAACACCAGCUGACAAGAAGGGUCUUGUUUUCUGUGAAUCAUAAUUUUUAGUUGAUAUUUAGAGGGAUGUCAUGGAAUUUCACUAAUUGUACACAUGGAUUUAAAAAAGGAGAGAAGAGGUCCUCUUAAAAUGUAUUAAACAAUUGAAUCGAAAGUUUAUGUCAAAAAACACUGCUAUAUUAAAUUGUAGUAUAAUUAAACAAUUGUUUGAUCGAUUUAUUCUGAUUUCUCCGAGGCCCAAUACACCCAAUAAACAAUGUUAUCGAAUUA